CGAGUGUCUGUGGUCAAGAUGAGAACAUAAGAGUUCAAGAAAGAAUAAAAAGGGGCCUCGACUCCCAUCAAAGUAUCUCAUCACAAUCAUCAGCUUCUUCUUCUUCUCAUUCCAAUUCUUCAGCCAAUUCUUUCUAUUCUUCAUUAUUGUCCGGUACAAUACCACUUUUUAACAAACCAAAUACCAAAUACCAAAUAUUCGCAAUGGCCAUCACAGAGAGACUCAUCCUCCCGGUCACCGGCGGUGUUGACGCCUGGAAAGAGCCCCUCAAGUUUAUGCUCCAAACCCUCAAGAAGCAAGAUGGUUACAUCCGCACACGAUGGGGUCCCCACAGCGAGGAUGAGAGCAAGCUCGAGCUCUUGAUCGGUUGGGAAUCCACCGACGCUCAAAAGACUUUCCAAGCUUCUCCAGCUUUCGAGUCCUCCAUGUCCCAAUUGAAGACCGUCCUCUCUGGAAAGCCAACUGUGUACUUCAUGCAAUUGGUUCCUUAUGCACCAAAAGCAGUCAUUGACGCAUCCAUCGUCCAAAUGGUGACCGUCAGCCCUGCCAACAUCUCCGUCGAGGAAUUCCGCUCCCAGAUCGAACAAUACAAGACCAUCCCCGGCUGCACCGGCGUCGCAUCCGGCGAGGCCCUGAGCGAGGUUGACGGCAAAGGCAAGCCAUUCGUUGGAGCCAUCGGAUGGGAGACUCUCGAGGCCAGCCAGAAGGGAGGACAUGCUGUUAACAUCAAGGCUGGAGAUUUGGAGGAGCACCAUGUUAACUUCAGAUAUCCUAUCAAGGGUUUCGGUGGUCUGUAAAUGGAUGUAACAGACGAUUCCAAGGGCUGGUAAGGAGAUAGAGGGAAGGAGGAAUGGUCACUGGUUGGCCGGGUGUUGAGGA